AUGCCGGGUCUCACCUCCACUCGUACCUUUGGGUCCCGCGAGCUAGCUUCAUUCGUCAGCGACACAGCUGGCUUGGGUGGGAGCCAGCUGGAAAAGCUGGCAGCACAAUACAAGGGCCGGCGGCGGGCCCUUUUGGUGGCUGUGAACUAUGUACAAUCCGAUCGUGGAAUACCACGACUCUAUGGGUGCACGAAGGACGUGGAGCUGGCGCUUGAGCUGCUGACAAGUGUGUACGGCUUUGAGGGGAGCAACAUUAUGGUGUUAGCAGAUGCGGGCCCCUUCUCGCGGCCACAAGCGCUGCCAACAAAAGCUAACAUUCUGCGGUACCUGAACCAGCUCGUUGAAGACAGCGAGGAGGGGGAUAUUGCAUACUUUCACUAUAGUGGCCAUGGCGCUCAGGCCCCAGACUCAACCGGUGAAGAAUGGGACGGGCUGAAGGAGAUCCUUUGCCCUUCGGACGUGAAGGUGUCCAAAAACGACGGCUUUGACAACUACAUUGGACAGGAGGAGUUCAAGGACCUGAUCCACAACUUCCGCCCCGGAGUGUGGGGCGUCGUCGUUCUAGACUGCUGCCACUCAGGGGACGACUCCCCGGGUUCCGGUUCCGGUCAGCGGGGGCUUUUGGAGGAGUCCGGCUCCCCGCCGUUCCGCAACCGGAAGAUCAGCUUCAGCUUUGCGAGCGAGCAGGGAGGCUCGACCCGUGGCCCGGUCCCCCCAGCUUCCAGCUACAACCGAACAGGACUUCUGGACCCGACCGGCAAAGCCGCUGAGAUUCCGGUCAUGUGGUCAGCUUGCGGGGAGUCUCAGACGAGCGCCGAUGCCACGAUCAACGGCGGCCCCGUAGGAGCGUUCAGCCACUUCUUCUACGGGACGCUUCUCGCUUCCGGGGGGGACACUGCCCGCAUCGGUGACGUCAUCAUUGCCGUCAAGGGGGGCCUGAAGAAGGGCCGCUUCACCCAACGGCCCAUCUUCAAACUCAAGAAUGGAAGCGGGCGGGAGGUUCUACCGCUCCUACCCCCCCCAGGAGGAAACUUCACAAGAAGCGCUUCCCCCCGCGAUCUGCCAACGGCCGCGAACCCAAGCACAGUGACGACACGCCGUGACGUCACCCUCACGGGAGAAGGGGACUCGACGGCGGUGGUUCGAAAGCUCGAGGCGCAGAGCGGAUUGUCGCCCGAAGACUUGCGAAUGUUGAAGAACCCAACGACUGGUAAACGGCGGGAUCCGAUUCUGGAGUGGAAGAAGGCAGUGAACGGCGCACCACCCCCGGCGGCCCUUGACUGGGACGCCUGUCAGAUUUACGCGAGGGCGCUCGCGGCCGGAGGGUUUAAGGGUUUGAGGGCCGCCGCCCAGCUGGCAGGUGACGGGGCUCUGCUGGAGAUUCUCAGCGGGGGGGCCUUCGAACGGCUUUCAACGGACACCGUCCGCGACCCCGCCAGUUCGGACUUUACACCGCGGGGGGGCCCUGCGGACCUGCUGGAGCCCCCCCCGGGAGCCGGCACGGCGGCGGAGCGGGUCAGCGCAUAUCUGCAGAGAGUGAUUGCCGCCGUCCCCGGCGUCGACCGCUCCCUCGACCAGGCACGUGCCGUCCUUUGGGAGGAACUCCGCCGCAUCGGGGGGGAGGCCUGCGUGGCUGCUGGCACCCCUGCGCUCAACACCCCCGCCAGAGACUCUCCCGACAUCAACUCGACGUACGCUGCGAUCUACUCACUGAUCGCACCGCUGAACGAUCCCAUGCUAGUUCGUUCCGUUCUGGGCGUUGCGACGGGGCUCGCAUACGACCUGGACUUCUGGGACGCUUAUGACGCCGCGGCCGCGGGGCGACCGCCGCCCGUAGACAUUCCGGAUGAAUCCCCGGGCGGAUCGGCGAACGGAAUGGGAGACGGAUCAGCGGCCGGAACGGCGAACGGGACGGCGAACGGAGCGCCUCCCGCUUUGGCAAACGGAGCGCUGAGCCCUCUGGCGACCGGAAUGUCAGCGGGAAAGAAGGUUACCAGCCCGCCCGCGUUUCUCGCGUGGGACGAGGAACUCGUUGCGAAGGUGGCGGCGCACAACGACUUUCUUGUCAAGUUUGCCGGCGAGAUCGACGAAGACGCCGCCCGCCGUUCGUUCGUCGCCUCCCUCAUCGCCGAGAAAGGCGGCGCGGGGUUCUGGUUCGGCGAAGUCAUGGGCCGCACCGCCGUCCCCCCCUGGGAACCUUCCGCGGGUACCGACCAGAUGCGCGCGCUUGGUUCCAACGUGGAGACCCCGGUUGUAGGACUGGUCGGGGAACACCCCCGGGAGAAGGAACUGCUGGGGGGAAUACUCGCGCUCACAGGGAGCAUCCAGGGCGUACAGGUGGGUCUCGACAUCGCGCGCGCCGCGCGCUCGGGAUCGCUUACCGAGCCCGACCGCCUGCGCCUCUUUGGCGCGCUCCUGGCCCUCUGCCUGCCCCGGGCAAGCUCCCGGGAGCUGAUCUUCGCCGCUUGGCAGCUGGUCGGCUUUGAGUCGUUCCUUCGGACGCCCGAAGGCGCGUCGGGGAACCCCCCGGACCGCUGGAACGCGGACACCGUGAACGGCCUGAUCACGUACGUGGAGGCCGUGUCCGAAAAUUCGGACGCGGGAGAAGCAGCGUCCGAGCUCGUCCGAGCAACGAUCGGACGGAGCGAAGAAGAGGACGUGUUGGCGGCGGACUUGUACGGACUGGCGGGGCCGCUCGGCUGGGAGGCCGCGCAGCAGAUCGGGGCGCUUUUGGUCGCCAGGGGGGGAAGUCUCGAGUUGCCGGUAAAACGGACCCCUGACUUCGACGUGUUUCGGCUUUUAGGCGGGCGCUCACGUGACGUUAGUUCAGACAGGAUCAACAAUAUCGCGGAGAUCUGCCGGGGUGAAGGUCAAGCCGAAUACUUGGAGAGGGAGAAGAAGAGGAUUGAUGACGCGGCGAAACAGCUGACCGAUCUUGUGAACAUGUCUCCCGAAUUCGUGGAUGCUUGGGAGGAGGAGCGUCAGAUCCGGACGGCGUUGGAUGGUUGCAAAGGAGUCAUGGAGUCGAUAUUUGAGAACAGUUGGGAGGUCUGCAAGAAGGCCCUGCUGGGCGGAAAGAACGAGAAGGACACCGGAAGGUUUAUGGACCUGCUGAUAGCGUACCGCAACUAUGAGUGGCGCAAAAUCUGGUACAACAUGGUCCUCCCAGAGGUGCCGCGUGACCCGGAGCUGGGGUUCGAGGAGCCGUCCGGUUCCUCGGUCCGCACGUCCGACAUCGACGUACCGGUCUGGAGGGGAGUCCAUGCCGGGGAGGCCGUCGGCAUUUUCAAUCGUUUCUUCCGAGACCGCUGGGGCAAAGCGGAAUCCGGCAUCGUCUUCGACGUGAACCUGUACGGCCCCGGCUUCCUGCGCGGCUUGAACGAAGUUGGAGACGCAAAGAAGCUGGUGCUUGUUGGGCACGUGCCACGUGUCGGCCAACCAUACGGCGGCGUCCAGCACCCCAGGGCUCGCCUCUGGGACGUGUCCAGCCAGAUGGGCUGGGCCCUUACGCGGCUGGCGCUCAACACCACAGAAACCGAGUUCCUGACGAUCCGCGAGUCCGCGCGCGCGUAUGCGCGCGGCUUCGAGGGCGCGCUCGCGGAAGCGCCCGGCGGCUUCCAGCGCUUCCCCGACGCGGACCCCAUCGUCGGCUUCGCCGCGACGCGCGCCGCGCGGUUUCUCGCGGCGUGCGGAGUCGGGGGGGGGCUGUACGCGCGCGGGGAGAGGCCGGUCGACGCCUUGCGCGCGGGCGGGGCGGGCGCGCGGAGCGCGCUCAUGUCCAAGACGAACUGGAUCUACGAGAGGAUGCUUGAAACGAUCGAUAAGCGGCUCUACAGCUUUAAGCAGAUAAAGAGCUACACGCGUGUGCCAGUAGACCCGGCCUUGGAGCUCGUGCUUAGAGAGAGCCUGAAUGACGAUUUCGACAAUCUGAACCCCUAUUACUUGGCGUGGCUGCCCAAAAUCUCGGUAUCCGAUGCGGAUCCGCCACCGCUGCAGUUGGGCCUGGACUACGUCGCCUCGUCGUUCCGCGAUACGAUCAGCUUCUCCCUCAUGUUUGCCAACGAAGCGUACUACACGGAAGCCGCGGUCCAGCACGCGGUGGACAUCCAGAACGCCAAGAAGACGCACCCGGGGUCCAGACCGCCAAAUCUCAGCCCGGCCGAGUGGGGGGUCUGCGUGCAAGAGAAUCUUGCGAGCUUCCUGGAGCAUUCGUAUGGCCUCCAAGCCGACCCGGGGAAGGCCCUGCUCAAGACUGGGAAGUACCUCCACCGCGCGCUCGACGCGCUGCGCGUGACGCUGGAAACGCCGCGCCGCUUCUACGCGCAGCAGCUGCGCGCCGCGGCCGCGUUCGCGCCCCGGUCGCUCGCGCACCUGCCGCCCGGCGACGCGCUCCUGCGCCGCCUGCAGCGGCUCGCGGAGAAGCUCAUGCUCAUGAAGAACGGCUCCGAGGCUGACGUGUACGAUGACGUCAGGAACACGCUCCUGGAGUGGUGGCGCGUGCACGACGCGCUGGGGAACGCCGAGAGGGAGGCGACCCUGCGGCUGUGGUUCGGCAGCGAGCGUCGCCGGGAGGACGGAUGUCUGGUCUACGCCGUUCUGGCCGACCCAUUUAUGAACCCUUUGCCGAGGACCGUGAUGACAGACCUCGUCGACGUGCUGACGCCGGGGGGUUCCGCGAGCCGCCCAGGGUGGAGGCGGAGCAAUAUCCUGAGGGGGACGCAACAAAUGGUGCGGAGUCUAGGGGCGUUUCUGUACGCUUUCUACAUCACGGCUGUGUGGCCCCAAAGGGCCAGUUUGGACAGGACUCUCAGCUCCGAAGGCUUAGACGAUGCGGUCGGGCUCGAGUCCGAUUCGGACAGCUCCCAGGUACGUAAGACGGUGUGGAUCGUCACUGGGGGUGACUUCACGCAAGCCGUCUCUGCCCCUGCCGCACCCGCCGGAUCUGCCGCUGCUCCCACUAUCGCGCGCGCAAAGCUGGGGACCAGAAACAACUGGAAGGUGCUCCCCGGGAAAGAUGGCGGCGUGCGCUUCGCCACCUCCGACGGGCGGUACCUGGCACGCUCGGAAGACGGUUUGGAGCUGAUCCUCUUGACGCUGCCGGACGAUUACCCGGUGACCGGGGCCGUCAGGCAGUGCGACUGGCAACUCGCGCCAGUCCUGGGCGCAGUCACAGAUGUGCUCAUCAAAGUGCCCGGGGCGGAGACUUACCUGGUCACCUUGACGGAACCGGACCUGGGCAUGCGGAGUUUGAAGCUGCGCCAAAUUGCUGUGCCCGGCAGCAAGGAGGCGCUGCAAGCGGCCGCGGCCGCGGCCGCGCAGGAGCUGGCCGACGCCACGGCCGCGCUUUCUCAGCUGCCGGACGUGGCGGCCUUGGAGGCGGCGCUGAACGAUGCCGUUUCCACGAGGGACCGGUACUUCACACUCAAGGGAGAACUGCCGGAAGGCGCGUCGCAAAACGCGCGCGACUUCUGGGAGCAGCAACUGGAGGGCGCCAGGCAGGAGGUGGAGCGGGCGACCCAGGCGCUCGCGGCCGCGCAGGACGAAGCCGCGCGCGAUCCCGAGCCCGCCGCGAGAGCGCGCGUCGCGGCCGCGGAAGCGCGGAAGGCGGAGCUGGACCGGCUGGCGCAGGAGGAGCCCGGGGAGGUGCCCCCGGAGCACUUUUUCCGGUUCGUGUACGACGGGGCGAGCGCCCGGAACAUCACGGCGUUGGAGGUGCAGGCGCUUGCGGUCGCAGGGAGUGAGCAACCAGCGCCGGACGGAGUCCCUUCGUGAAUGUUACAAAGGCGAGCGCGCCUUUGAGGUUGGUAUUGCGGUCGCCACCUGAUGCGUCAUGUCUGCGUGAGCGUUAGGCCCAUGGAACACGUGGCAGUCGUUCGGGACCCUGUGUGGGCGUUACCAGAAAAGCGUUGUCUACGUUGCAACGUGGCCCUUCGUCGUUGGUGUUGAGUAGCUGUGUGCAGUUCAUUACUUGGAAAGAGAAACAAACGCUGAAACAGGACAAAAGCGCAUAUCUAAAACAGACUGUAGCUGGGCAGUGGGCUCGGGCAAUUUUGGUGUAGGCAUGAGCGGGGCCUGGACAGCCUUCCGGCCGUUGGCUGAAUGUCGGCUGUUGGCUGAACCUGUCUCACGUGGGACUUCCAUCCCCCCGGGUGGCCAGCCAUCGGCAGCGCGCCGAGAAGGCACUUAGCAGUCCAGGAGACAAUAUUCUUAGCGCAUAACUUAUAACUUACUCAAAAUAGUGUUGCACAAGUCACUAGCGUCCAAGAUUCCUCGACUUUUUGGCUUACGGGUUCCUAUUGUGCUAUAGGGUAGCUAGCAACAAUGUUGUUUAAGUAACAUUAUGUAGACCGUAGCCGGCUGUGUAAGUGUCAAUGCUUGAUGUCUGGUUAUAGCUCAAUGAUCGC